AUGAGUCUUUUACAAUCAGACCCUGACUCGCUGUCCACAGAUUCGCUUGGCCUAGACGAGCCGGUCAAGGCCAAGGUACCGUUAUCUACAUCGGUGGUAUUGCAGAAAUCCAAGGUAGUCGUACCGCCAGUUGCUGACGGAAAGAUGUCUGUUCGGUUUCAACCUAUAGGGUCUACUUCAUCCAUCAACCCAGCCUCGUUCAAGGUGUCAAAGACACAGACGGUGGCGUCGAUCCAGAAAUUUCUUAUGCGACGACUCCGACUUGGCCUGGUGCACGUGUAUGUGCUGAGUUCGUUUCAACCUACGCCAGACGAGACACUAGGAGAUUUGUAUGGCCUCUUUAAGACCAACGGCGAGCUAAUACUUAGCUACUGCGAGAAUAUAGCUUUUGGAUAG